UCUGAGCCAAGGCUGGCAGAGAGGAGCUGUCACGUGAGCCCAGGGGUCACGGGCACAGCCCCAGCUCCCGCUCAGCAGAAGGCCAGAGCUAGAGGGCUGUAGGGAUGACCAAGAUUCUCCUGCCAGUGCUCCGCACCAGAGCUGGAGCGGGAAGCCAGGAGGGGAAGGACACACACAGCCUGAUGGAGGUGUGGGGACUGGAUCAGACGCACCACUCAGAGGGGAGAGUGUCACGGUAGCCAGGCCCCAGCCCUGACCCCCCACAAUCGGUGGAGGGAAGAGACCAGACUUCUGAUUUUGCCUCUACCAGCUACUGAGUGACCACAAGAGAAGCUCUGUCCCGCUCUGGGCCUGUUUUCCUAUCUGUGCCAGGGAGGGAGGCUGGCUGCCAUGCUUCACUUUACCAGCGUACCUAUCCCUUGCUCAGCCCUGGCCUGGACACACAGACAUGAUCCCUGAAGAAAGACUCAGUCGAGUAUGGCAAAGUCACCACUUGAGCCAGAAGAGGAAGGUGCAGAGUGGGGCAGAGGAGGGAAUCACUGACCCGGCUCCAGAGGAAGAGGCUUUUAGCUGGUCCGCAGGACACCCAGGGUGACACCAGAGUCUCAGGCCACCACAGCUGUGGGAAGACUUAUCACCCAACUCACACUUAUGGUACAGACGGGGCCACCGACACCCAGAGAGGGAAAGGGACCUGCUCAAGUUCAUGUGCAAAUCAGGUGACUGGAACUCUGGUCUUCUAAACCCUCUUUGACUCAGUUUCUCCUUGGGGGACCUGAAGAAACGGAUUUUUAAUCAUUGCAGAGGAAGCAUACCACAUACAUUGGGACCCUUAGUGGGGCUGGCCAAUACCAUCUGGUUAUCUCCUACUUUAUGAAAAUAAUGCAUUCCAAUCAAGGUGAAUUCAAAUGAACUCUUAAAUGAAAUCUAUGCUACCCGUAAAUGUGCUUUUUGGACUCAGAACUGUAGAACUGUACUUCUCCGGUGUUGGGAUACAGCAGCCCCUGAUAGUAUGAAUUUCAAUCUUUGAGCCAGUCCCAGGACAUGUUAGUAGGGGAGAGUGUAGGUAUAGAUACAGAUCUCAGCUCAGCUUCUUACUAGCUGUGUAAUCUGAGAUUCUCUCAGCCUCAGACUCUUCAUUUGUAAAAUGGGAAUGAUUAUAUCUACGUCAUGGAGCCACGUAGAGUGCCUGCUGCUCAAUGAAGAGUAGCAUGGAUGAUGAUGAUGAUGAUGAUGAUACUGGAGGCGAAGAUGGAGGGAUGGUGGGGAUGGUGAUGACAGCAGAGAUGGUCAUGGUGGUGGUGGUGACGGUAGAGAGACGGUUCUUACCGAGGAGUGUUCAGAAUUUCCCUUUUCUUCUCGGGUAUCGGCAUCGGGAAGGAUGGGUUCCAGCUUGACAACUCUUUGGUGUGAGAAGCUUUGGGGUGUCUGUAAAGUGAAGCUGUGCCCCAUAUCGUGAGUUUUGAUUGUGAAGGUAAAUUGCUUCCGGAAGCAGGUGCUAAGGCCAUGCUCCCAGAGAACAAAUGCUGUCCCUUUUCCUUUGAGACCCUCUCACCCACCCAACUCAACAACUCCUGGGAAUGAAUAGGCAUGUGGAGACAGGUUCUCUGGACAAUGGGAAGUCCUGAUUACCCCCUACCCACGCCAGGACUCCUCAUCCCUGACCCUGUGCUAAUUUUCCAUAGAACUUAUCUUCUAGCAUAUGUUAUAAUUUACUGAUUUUCCAUAUUUAGUGUCUAUUUUUAUACCAGCCUCCCAGUGGGGUCCCAGCCUCCCUCCCCCACUAGAAGAGAAGCUUCAGGAGGGUAGGAACCUUCAUUUGCUUCACUGCUGUAUUCCAAACGUCUAAAAUAAUGCCUGGCACACAUUAGAUGCUCAAUAAAUAUUUGUUGAAUGACCAAAUGCUAAAAGGGUGGGAUCAAUGGCAGCCUUUGUUCCCCAGGACAGGCCCAGCUUCCUGGCUUGUUACCUGGUUUCUCCUCAAACAAACAGAGAGGGGUGAGGUAUAGCCCAGUGAGCCCGGCGUACAGGCUUUCACACGGGGCCCAGGCUGGGGCUGUGGGAGUGAGGGGGCAGUGCUCAGCUUGGGGGUUAGUCCCUGGCAAGACCAUGGCCUUCAGGGGGCCUGAACCCUGGGUUCCUGCAUCCCUGCAAUACCAGAGGCUGAAGGCCGAGGAGAAGGAGCUGGAUCUGGAGUUCGAAGUCUUGAGUGUGGGGUUUAAUGAGGAGGGCAGAUAUGCCCUGCGGCUUACAGCUGAGAACCCCCUGCAGGCCGGCUCUGGGGCUGGGGUACUGCUGCAGGUAAAUGAUGGGGACCCCCUCCCUACCUGCUCUGCUGUCACCGAUGUCAUUGAGCAGCAGGAUCCUGGCCAGAACCUCGCCCUUACCGGGAAGAAGUUUGUCUUUACUUUGCCCAAAGGGUUCUGCAAGAACGACUGGCAGCACGACGCGCAGCUGCGCGUCGAGGCGCUGCGACUGGGCGGGGCCUCGGGACACCCCGCCCAGCGAGUGGGCGAGGCCAUCUUCCCGGUCUUCCCGCGCCCGGACCAGCCCCGCAUGAACCUGUGGGCGCGGGAGCACGAGGACCUGUACCACUACUGCGGCAGCCUGGCCCUGCUGCGUGCCAGCGCGGACCCCACGGCCCGCCACUGCGGGGGCCUGACCUACAGCGUGGCCUUCCGCGAGCACCGGGCCCCUCAGCCUCUAGCCCCAAACUGCCCUCCGGGGGCCGGCCAGCCAGGACCCGUGUCAUCACGCCCAGAGCCCCAGCUGCCCAGGCUGCAGGUUUUGAGAGAUGCCCGAAGUGACCAGGAGACGGAAGUCUGUGUGUGUCCCCCUUCAAGCCCCUCCAGCUCCCACCACGGCCAGGAGGGACUCAGCCCUGAAUCAGGAUUCUGGCAGCCUCGGACCCAACCUCCCCGGGGAGCAGACCUCACCCCAGGCCAAGGGCCAGUCACUCCUCAUUCUGCCAUCUCACUGUCCGGAAAAGGACUUCGAACCGCGUCUGGCACAGGGUCACUGAGACCAGAGGAGCCCCUGAACACCUCACAGAGUGUGGAAUCUGUCACCAGCCACCUGUCUCCCCCUAAUAAGGAGACCAUCAUGGUCACUCUCCACGGGGCCACCAACCUACCCACCUGCAAGGAUGGCUCUGAGCCGUGGCCAUACGUGGUAGUGGAAACCACAUCUGAGGAUGUGAAGGGCCAGAAUGCCAAGGCAGUCACGUCUGUGACCACAGAGCCCACCAUAGCCCCCAUCUGGGGGGACACGGUCAAAGUGGAGCUCCAAACUGAGGAUGCAGGACAAGGAGAUAUGGUCCUCAAGGUGAUGGACAAUAAAAAUAAAGAAGAGCUAUUGUCCUAUCAAAUCCCCAUCAAAUACCUGAGUCUCUUCCACCCCUACCACUUUGAGCUGGUGAAGCCCACCCAGUCAGGGAAAGCUGAGGAAGCCACUGCCAAGACCCAACUGUAUGUGACCAUCGUUCGGAAAGGCAGUUUCUUCCACCGCGACAUCGGCAGCAACCACACUGCUCUGGAGGUCUUUCUCCGGGGAAUCAACGAGGCCCUGGUCAACAACUCUGACCCCAUGGUGGUCAUUGCCAGGGUGGUUCCCAACUACAGUGAUUUUAAGGUCAAUCAAAUGAAGCAGGACCCAGCCUUCGUGGGGCUGCCCAUCACCCCACUCCCCUUCCCAAUCCCGUCUCUUCUGCACUUGGAUGUUCCUCAGGUCAGCCAGAACGGGUGUCCUCAGCUGUCCAAGCCUGGGGGACCCCCGGAGCUGCCCUCAUGGAAUCAGUCCUUCCUCUUCCAAGGCCGAGACGGAGCCACCAACUUCUCGGAAGACACAGCCCUGGUGCUGGAGUUCUACCCCUCGACUUCCAUGAAAGGCAGUGAGCCGUGGACCCUCAGCAAGCCCCUGGGCAUCUCCGUGUUGCCGCUAAAGAACCGUUUGUACCGCAAGAUGCUGACAGGGAAAGGUCUGAAUGGGCUGCACGUGGAGAGGCUCCCCAUCACCGACACCAAGCUGAAAACCAUAAAUGGUGAGGCCCCCACAGUGGAUAUCUCCUUCCAGCUGCUUUCCUCUGAGAAGCCAGAAAACUUCUUGACACCAAACAACAGCAAGGUUCUGCCCAUCCUAGACCCCAAGGUCUUAGAUGAGAAGCUGGGUACCAUCCAUGCGUCCAACACCCUGGUGAGCUCUACAAUGGACUCUCAGGAAGCAGAGGAAGAACCUCUGGCGCCCAAGAUAUCCCACGAAAUGGUGAGUGUCUCCACCUAGUGCUAGGAGGACCAGAGCGGUAAUAAGGGCCACAGAGAAGAGGUUUGACUGCCACCUGAUUCAUUCCAUAGGUGGCAAGUAAGACUUCCCUUCAGAUAUACUCUGUGAGUGACUCACCCCAAAGCUAAACUGGUAGAAGGUAUGGAUUCUUUAUCUUACAGUUUCUUCACCUUUUGAAUGGAACUCUCACACAAUUUCCUUCAAAGCACACCCUUGCAACACUUGUAAGGCAGGGAUCCAUUGACUCACGUAGUGAUCAACCCAGAACUUUCUCAGGAGCAGGUCCACUGGGUAAUGGGAAGCCCCUUUGAGUCAUUGGCUUCCUUUUUAAGUUUAUUUAUUUUGAGGGAAAGAGAGAGAGAGAGAGAAA